AUGAUGGGUGUCAUGAAUCACUUGAUGGUAAAGCCUAAUUGGCACAAGAAGGUCUUCAAUACUACAAUUGCCACUAAAUGGGAACAAGAAGCGCGUGCUCUACCCAACUUCAGCAAGCGCACGUGGAGAUACUGCCUGGCUGAAUUACGCGACAAAGCUGACGAGUUUAACGCAUCUGGUAUAUCACUACCUAUUGACUUCGAUUCUCAGGUCGCCUACUCCGAUAGUUCUGUACCCCAACUUAUUGUCAACCAACUUACCUCUGCUGUCACCGCUCUGGAAGAAAACCUGAGCGCAUACAAAGACUGGCAUCUUGGCUCAAAUGGGCAGGCAUUAGAUCUGGUACAUCCCUCGCUAUUUCCUCUUGUAUUUGGCCGGACAAGAGUCCUCAAAGAUACCGUCCUGAGUUUGCAUGACUGUCUACUACAUUCUGGCGAGGGGGAGAUCUGUCAGAUACCACCGAAGUUGGAAGAGUAUUGGCCUCUGGGACGCCCUCCAGGAUACCUUGGACCUCCUUGGCUACCCUGCGAGAUUGACAUUGAGGAUCCGAAGACUGCCACAGUAGUGAGUUAUAUCAACAAUUUUCACCCUGUCACACACAUCGACCUCUAUCACAUCAUUGAGAAGCUCAUCACGGCAUACCUGCCCCUCUGGAACCAAUUUUUGAAGAAUACUGAGUCCGGGCUCGACAAAAGCAGAAUUGACAUCAACGAUUUCGGAUGGCACAUGCCUUAUGGCGAGAACAGCCCUGAAGAUUGGGUCGACGAUCACAACGCCGACAACGAAGCAGUGUUAGAACGUCUGGCUCUAGAGGCUCGAUUUCAGCAGACCCUGAUCGUCGAUGAGGAAGAGAUUAUAGAAGACUCUGUCGCCGGCUGGCAACGAAGAGAGUCAAAAGAUCACCAUCUUGAGGGUAGUCGUUGGCAAUGGGCCACGCGAAUCUCGAUGGAGCCAGAGCCUCGAGGCUUCGAGAUGCAAGACACGUCAGAUACAGUAAGGCUACCGUUCGACUUGAUGAGGGACCACAAGCAAAUUCAAGUCAUUGUGAAAUUGGCCGGCAUCCACUUGAGCCCGGACAAUCCCAAUUAUUCUGGUGGAUCCUGCCACGUAGAGGGUCGACUGAACGAGCAUAUCGUCGCCAAUGCUUUGUUCUACUAUGACCAGGUCAAUAUUGGACCGAGCCAUCUGGCUUUCCGACAAAAUGUUGAGAUGGAGGGCGGCAGUAGCUUUUCGUAUGCUCAUUCGGAGUUCCAGCACUUGGAAACCAUCAUGGGCAUCGACAACGAGGUCUAUGCUGUACAGAAAUUGGGAGAAGUACUUACUAAGACAGGUCGUCUUGUCGCUUGCCCCAAUGUACUCCAACAUCGCGUGCUGCCAUCCGCUCUGGAAGAUCCGACUAAGCCAGGCCAUAGCAAGAUACUAGCCUGGUUUCUUGUCGAUCCGCAUGUCAAGAUUCUCUCCAUUGCUAACGUCCCCCCGCAGCAACAUACGUGGUGGGCCAAGGAGCUGGUCCAGGAGCGAGAGACAUCAGAGGAUUGA